UGGGGCCUGACGGGGGUGAGGGGUGUGCGGCGGUAUAAAGUACCCCUCCCCGGUCUGGCGGUGCCACUCUGAGGGGAGAUUGCCUCUCAGCCGGGAGCAUCCAGCAGCCAGACACCUAGGGGAGCCGGGCCACACCGAGACAACACACUCGAGAUGAGGUGCGGCGACGGCGUGGCCAGUGUGCGGCUGGUGGUGCUCGCCCUCGCCAUGUGCUUCUUCUGCCUGGCCGGAGGCGAGCGGGGACAGACUUUCUGCGGCAAGGCUCUGCCCCAAGUGCUCAGCCUGGUCUGCGACGGCUGCUACAACACCCGCGACAAGAAGUACAUCCACAACACCAUCGACGACAGCUACUGGGUGUGGGCGAGCAUGCCCAAGAAGGAGGACGGCGACGACCUGGAGGACCUCGAGGAGGCAGAGCACCAGCCGCCGUUCCGGGACCGCCUGCGCGCCGCGGACAUGAUCGGCGACGCGUACAAGCGCUUCACGAGGGGCGUGGCGGACGAGUGCUGCCACAAGCAGUGCAGCAUGAGCGAGGUGGCCAACUACUGCUGCGAGAAGACCGCGAGACGCCCCUACAGCUAAGUGCGCCACCCGCGUCCCACGUCCAUGGGAAAAGUGAGCUCAGUGGGUUUUGCCCUUUUCAAAAUCGGAAGCUGUCUAAUUUUCUUUAUUUCCUUUUUUUGUUGUUGUUGUUGAAUUAUUCUGUCUUUAACUCGGUUUGUGGUUUGGGUGGGACCGCGAAUUAGAACGCGUAAAGCUCUUGCCUUGAAAUGAAAAUUCUUUCAAUCAAAAUUUCAGAAUUGUUUAUUUACAAUACUUGUAUUAAUUUAAAUAUUUCGAAGUGGAGAUACAUUCUCACGCCUUUGACCGGAGCUGAUUUUCGUUGCCACAUUUGAGGCCGACGUGUUAAAUUAAUGUAAUUGUCUCCAUUUAUCACAGCCAAAAUAUUUUUCUCAAUAAACUACAAACUACCAACUA